AUGGGACCUCAGGCUUCCAGUCCAACGACUGGCUCGCACAUCGCAGCCUGGCCCCGGGGAGCCCACGGCGGCGGGACCAGCCGUCCUCGGGCUGUGGUCCGAUCACUGUCGCCCGCGAACUUCGGACUUGGCGAGGUCCCCGGGAAGCCCCUGCGCGAGGGUGGCGGGUCGAUCCGUACAGCCCACAUUCCACCGAAACCCGCCCGAGGGCCUCGCGGGAAGCCGGCUGAAGAGCGCAAGCCCCAGGUGCCAGCAGAGGGCGCGCCGCCGAGGCGCCCUGGCGCCGACUGCGCAGGCGCAGGGCUGACGCGCGGCGCUCUCAAGCUUCUGGGGCUACUGCUCUCGCGUGACAAACAGCUCAUCCUGAGGAGCUCGGGGACCUGUUUGCUUCUCUGGGGGCUGUCGGAGGUGGAGGAAAAGAUGGGCUGGAGGCAGUCUCUGCAAGGAGCAGACGUGCCAAUGGCCCGCACCAUUUACCUCAACGAACCCCUUAGGAACACUUUCUGCAAAAACUCCAUCAGCACAGCCAAGUACAGCAUGUGGUCAUUUCUCCCUCGAUAUUUGUAUCUGCAGUUUAGCAAAACUGCCAACGCCUUCUUCCUGUUCAUCACUAUAUUGCAGCAAAUUCCAGAGGUAUCUCCGACGGGAAAAUACACAACUCUGGUGCCUCUGCUAGUUAUUCUUGUAAUUUCAGGCGUUAAAGAGAUUGUAGAAGAUUAUAAACGACAUAUGGCAGACAAAUUAGUUAACUCAAAGAACACAAUAGUGUUAAGACAGAAUGCAUGGCAAAUGAUUCCAUGGAAAGAGGUUAAUGUUGGCGACAUUGUGAAGGCCACCAAUGGGCAGUUCCUUCCUGCAGACAUGGUCCUGAUUUCUUCCAGUGAACCUCAGGCAACAUGUUUUGUUGCAACAUCUAAUCUGGAUGGAGAGACGAAUCUAAAAAUACGGCAGGCUUUAUCAGAAACAGCUACCAUGAAAACAGAAAAGCAAUUGUCAAGCCUAUCUGGAAAAAUAAAAUGUGAAGAGCCUAAUUUUCAUUUCAACAGUUUCAUGGGAACUUUGUACCUAAAACAGAAAAGCCCUAUUUCAAUUGGGCCUGACCAGGUCUUGCUGAGAGGCACACAGCUUAAAAAUACUGAGUGGAUCCUGGGCAUAGUCGUUUACACUGGAUUUGAAACUAAAUUCAUGCAGAAUGCGGUCAAGUCACCCCUCAAGAGAUCCAAGGUAGAGAAGGUGACCAACAUGCAGAUCCUGGUGUUGUUCCUGCUGCUCUUGGUCAUGUCCUUGGUGAGCUGUGUGGGAGCCAUAUACUGGAAAGACAGAUACAGAGCAGAGCCCUGGUACCUCGGGAAGAAAGAUUAUCACAGCUUUGGGUUUGACCUUUUGGUAUUCAUCAUCUUAUACCACAAUCUCAUCCCCAUUAGUCUACUGGUCACUCUGGAAAUUGUGAAAUACAUUCAGGCUCUGUUUAUAAACUGGGAUGAAGAUAUGCAUUUUAAGGGAAAUAAUGUCUAUGCCAUGGCCAGAACAUCCAAUCUUAAUGAAGAGCUUGGGCAGGUGGAAUACUUAUUCUCUGAUAAGACAGGAACCCUCACUUGCAAUAUUAUGACAUUUAAGAAGUGCAGCAUUGCUGGUAUAAUGUAUGGUCAGUCUCCUUGUUUCAUCUCAGAUGCUUACGAAUUCAAUGACCCAGCAUUGUUGCAGAACUUUAAGAAUGAUCAUCCCACGAAAGAGUAUAUAAAGGAAUUUCUUACCCUGUUGUGUGUGUGCCACACUGUUGUUCCAGAGAGAGAGGGAAACAACAUAAGCUACCAGGCCUCCUCUCCAGAUGAAGCAGCUUUAGUGAAAGGAGCCAAGAAACUUGGCUUUGUUUUCACUGCAAGGAUGCCGAACUCGGUCACCAUAGAAGCUAUGGGAGAAGAACUCACAUUUGAAAUUCUUAAUGUACUGGAAUUUUCUAGUAAUAGAAAGAGGAUGUCUAUAAUUGUCCGAACUCCUGCAGGACAGCUCCGGCUCUACUGCAAAGGAGCAGAUUCAGUGAUCUAUGAGAGACUUUCAGAAAAUUCUCUCUUUGUGGAGGAGACACUCGUCCAUCUGGAAAAUUUUGCUAGAGAAGGUCUGAGAACUCUGUGUGUUGCCUACAUAGACUUAACUGAGAUAGAGUAUAAGCAGUGGCUGGUCAUGUAUAAGAAAGCCAGCAGAGCGGUACGAGACAGAAUACAAAGUCUGGAAGACUGUUAUGAUAGUAUUGAAAAGAAGUUCCUACUACUUGGAGCCACAGCUAUUGAAGAUCGCCUUCAAGCACGUGUUCCGGAAACGAUAACAAGUCUAUUGAAAGCGAACAUAAAAAUAUGGGUCUUGACAGGAGAUAAACAAGAAACUGCAAUUAACAUAGCUUAUUCCUGUAAACUGUUAUCAGGUCAAAUGCCUCGUAUCCAAUUGAAUACAAAUUCAUUAGAGGCAACACAACAAGUGAUUAAUCAGAACUGCCAAGAUCUUGGAGCACUGUUGGGUAAAGAAAAUGACCUGGCCCUAAUCAUAGAUGGUAAAACAUUGAAACAUGCCCUCCAUAUUGAAGUCAGGAAGUGCUUCCUUAAUUUGGCCCUCUCGUGCAGAACAGUAUUAUGUUGUAGGUUAUCUCCCCUCCAGAAGGCUGAGAUAGUGGAUGUGGUGAAGAAGCAGGUGAAGGCCAUCACCCUGGCCAUUGGGGAUGGUGCCAACGAUGUGGGGAUGAUCCAGACGGCCCAUGUGGGUGUGGGCAUCAGCGGGAAUGAAGGCAUGCUGGCCACCAACAACUCUGAUUAUGCCAUUGCUCAGUUUAGCUACUUGGAGAAGCUUCUGCUGGUUCAUGGAGCUUGGAAUUAUUUUCGAGUGACCAAAUGCAUACUGUACUGUUUCUAUAAGAAUGUCGUGUUAUACAUCAUCGAGCUUUGGUUCGCCAUUGUUAAUGGAUUUUCUGGGCAGAUUAUAUUUGAGCGUUGGUGCAUCAGCUUGUACAAUGUGAUUUUCACGUCACUGCCACCCUUUACUCUUGGAAUCUUUGAACGGUGUUGUAGUCAGGAGAGCCUGCUCAGGUACCCACAACUCUACAGAAUUUCUCAGACAGGUGAUAUUUUCAACAUAAAGGUGCUUUGGAUUCAAUGUAUAAAUGCUAUUGUCCAUUCAUUCAUUCUCUUCUGGUUGCCUGCAAAAAUGCUGGAGCAUGAUAUGGUCUUGCAAAGUGGUUACACUACAGACUAUUUGUUUCUUGGGAAUUUUAUAUAUACGUACGUUGUUGUCACUGUUUGUCUGAAAGCUGGUUUGGAGACGAUGUCUUGGAAUAAAUUCACCCAUUUGGCCAUCUGGGGCAGCAUAAUGAUUUGGCUGGGGUUUUUUGCGGUUUACUCCUCCCUCUGGCCCACUGUGCCUGUUGCUCCUGAGAUGACAGGACAGGGCAAUACGGCUCUGGUGUGUCCACACUUUUGGCUGGGCUUUUUCAUAGUCCCGAUUGUGUGCCUGAUUCAAAAUGUAGCGUGGAAAUCGAUUAGAAACACCUGCCACAGAACUUUGCUGGAAGAGGUUCGGGAGAUGGAAAGCAGUGGAGUUCAGGUGGCUAGAGACCCAAGGAGCGCCCGCAGGUGCGCCAGGUGCGGCGCGGGGCGGGGCCGAGCGGGGAGGAGCAGCGCGCGCUCGGAGAGCGCGGGGGUGCGCGUGGGGUGGAGACCCGGGUGGUUCACUGAGAGCCGGCGGGUCCUUCCAGUUAACGAGGCGAACGCCACAUCCGAGGGCAGGAAGCAGGCCUUCCGAGGCGCCCCCAAAGUUCAAGAGCGGGAGGGCGUGACGGGCUUCGAAAGGGUCGGGGCUCGAACCGAUGCGGGGGCGCCUUGGGCGCUGGAAGGGCGAGACAGGCCUUCCCUCCCUCUGCGCACCCCCUUGCAGCCGCAGGGGAGCAGGUCCUCGGCGGGCGGCUACGGGGAGCGGAGACGGAGGCUCCCAGGUCUGGCUGAGCUUCAUGAGAGUGGCCAGGACCCAGAAAACCGCGUCAGCGCUCCGGCCCGGGUCUUCCGCCCGCGUUCCAGCCGGCAGCCCACCGCCCGCGACUGCGGGAGUUCGAAGGUGAAGGGCGGGCGGCCGGGGAGGCCGGAGCAGGGGGCGGUGGUCCAGCGCGCAUGCGCGUCCGCGGCGCCCGCCCCUCUUAAGAGCCCAGCGCUGCCGCCGGGCCCCAGAGUCGGAGCCGCGCGCGCUCGCGCGGGGUCCCUGCGCUCCGCGUCGUCCGCAGCCCCGGGGGGUCAAGACUUCCGUGGGAGGCCCCCGGCUGUGCGCGCCCCCUACCCACCGCCCCCCGCCCCCCACGAGGGCGCACCGCCCCGAGAGAAGGAACGCCGGACAGAGCUGGCCGCGACGGGAGAGCAGAGGAGGGGAGCGGGGCGAGCCGCCUGCCUGGAUCCGCGCCCAGCAGCAGCCGCUGCCACCGCCAGCCCGGCCGGCUCCCGGGACCGCGGCGGGGCGCGCCGGACCCUCAUCUACGUCCCGGACGCCCGCGAGCGUCUGGAGGACCGACCGUCCGGCCCGGAGCGGAUCGUGGGGGCUGUGGCCGGGUGGUGGGGAGGUGCGCUGCCCGGGCGGCGCGGCCGGAGCCAUGCGGACCGAGCUCGGAGCGCAGAAGGCUGGGCGCGGCCGACCGCUGCACUUGCUGCCUGGGGCCCUACGCCCGCUGCCCGGCUUCCUGGGCUCUUCUCACCGCCCGCUCAGGGUAUAAAGGCAAGGAGACGCACUCGGGACCCCUGGGCUUAA